AUGGCGGGCACCAUCGCGGUAGUGAAGGAAUCCGCCAUGUCGCAGGAGCUUCAGCAAGACUGCGUAGAUUGCGCCGCGUAUGCGUUGCGUGAAUUGGGCUUGCAUGAACAAACCGCCAUCGCCCAGUUUAUUAAACGCGAGCUGGACAGCAAAUACGGCUCCCGCUUUCACUGUAUUGUUGGCCGCUCCUUUGGCUCGUACGUAGGCCAUGAUGGCCAGUACUUUAUCUACUUUCUUAUUGGUGACUGUGCCUUCUUAAUAUGGCGCACCGUUGACACGUUUGAGGAGCGCGUGUUUUACGCUCCUGUGGAUGACCUGGCCAUAGGGCGACUGCCGUAA